AGUCGGCCGAGACCAGAUCGAGCAGCAGAGGCUGAACUCUCCGAAGAUACCUGUUUUUCGUUUUGUUAUUACCGUCGAGUCGUCCCGCCGACGUCGUGAUCGUUCGCUCUGUGUUGCUCCGUACUACCUGUAUGUGUUUGUGUGUGUGUGUGUGUGUAUGUAGACAAUACUCGCCAUACUUAUAACUACGUUACAGCGGCCGCCGCCGUGUGUCGCGUCCACAUUCCUCGCGGGAAUUUUUCAACGUACGGCCAAUACCAGUAUUGAUAUAUUGUAUUGUAACAUUUUGCACGUCGGUUUACUAUGACUUGAACAGUACGUUUCCCGUAUCGCGUGUGCGUGAAAUCGCGUGUGUAUGUUUGUGCGUGUUGUUCAUAAAAAGUUCCCCUGUUUGUUUGGUGACAUCAUCUCCGUUCGGCUGGCCUUCCACCUAACCCGGCGGCGUCGUCCAGUGUGAUUGUACGUUAUGUCGAGCGGAAGUAGCGGUGCCGGUGGAAAGUCUGCCUCUGUCGGCGGCGAAGGCGUAAAGCCAGGCGUGGGCUCGGCAUUCGUGCCGGUCAUGCCGUCCAGCGGCUCGUUUUACGGGCACCCGUCCAUACCGGCGCUACCGGCACCGUCUUCGGACUUUUUCGCCGCGUCCAUGAUGGCCGACAAACACAAAGCGCUGCAACAUCACAUCUCCAUGCAACAGCAACAACAACAACAACAACAACCGGCGCCCGGCAUGUACGUGCCCAAGCACAAGCCGUCCGCCGCGUCGUCCCUGCUGCACCAGCAGAACGAGCUCAUGGCGAUGGCGCUGGACAAGAACAAGGUGCUGCAGGCCGUCAUGCACCAGCGCGGCUACGCUCCGCACCCGUUCCUGUUGAACCCCCAGUACGGCGGCGGUCAGCCUCAGUCGCUGUUCGCCGGACCCGGCGCCGCCGCGGCACCGCCGACACCCUACGGCGGCGGCGGCGGCGUUAACGCGGCCGCCAGACCGCGGACCUCCGCCGUCGGCGGCGCGGGCAUCGGGCGUGCGUCGCGGCCCAAAAAGCAGUUCAUAUGCCGGUUUUGCAACCGGCAGUUCACCAAGAGCUAUAAUCUGCUCAUCCACGAGCGGACGCACACGGACGAGAGACCGUACUCUUGCGACAUCUGUAAAAAAGCGUUCCGCAGACAAGACCAUUUACGCGAUCACAAGUACAUCCAUUCCAAGGAAAAACCGUUCAAGUGCACGGAAUGCGGCAAAGGGUUCUGCCAGUCCCGCACGCUGGCCGUGCAUAAGAUCCUCCACUUGGAAGAGUCGCCGCACAAGUGUCCGGUGUGCAAGCGCAGCUUCAACCAGCGAAGCAACCUCAAGACGCACCUGCUCACGCACACCGACCACAAACCGUACGAAUGUUACUCGUGCAACAAAGUGUUCAGGCGCAACUGCGACUUGCGCCGGCACACGCUGACGCACGCGGUGGGCGACGUGCCCGCCCCGGCGCCGACGUCGUCGUCGUCCGCCACGUCCACGCCGUCGUCGCAACCGGCGCACCACCAUGACGACGACGACGACGACGAAGACGAAGACGACGACGACGAGCUGUGCUCGAUGUUGGUGCAGAACCCGGAGUGCGAGAACGAGGACGAAGACGAAGAAGUGGACGUGGACGAAGAGGAGGACGCCGGCGAAACGGCGGUGGCCGCGGGCGGUUCCGCCGCGGACGGUAACUCGUCCGCCACCGGCACCGCCGCCGCGCAAGCUUCUCCGGAGGGACAGGCCGACAACAAAGAAGGCGGCGGGCAGAUAUCGUUGUUCCAGCAUCGCGGCGUGCACGAGACCAAGUGUCACGACGAGUCGUCGGCGUACACUAUGCGCCCGACGGCCAACCAACGCGAACAGGCCAACCACGCGGCCGCCGUGUUGCACGUCAGACGGGAUUUGCACGAUCCCAGACUGUCGUCGGCCACCGUGGUGCCGCCGCCAGCGUACCAACCGCAGUACCAGCCGCCGUCUCAACCGGUCGCCGUUCAACCGCAUCGGAACGGGCAACCGCCCAAGCGCAAGGGGUUCAGCAUUGACGAGCUCAUGAGUUAGAUCGCCGGCAAAACGUGGGACGAAAGUGUCAUAUUAUUUUUAUAAAAAUAUACUUAUAUUAUAUGUUUUUUUACAUUUUUUUCUGUAGAGUUUAAUAAUGGUUUUAUUUGUUGGUAUCCAAUGACCGAACGCGCAGUACCGUCCGUCCCGAGUACAGGGUAGUUUUUUUUUUUUUUUACAAAUAUAUUUGGCGAUCCCAAAAUUCGCCAUCGCCCACCCGUUGAUUGAUGUGGGCCAAAGCGAACGCUGUAAAUAUGUUUAUGGGGUUUUAUUAUUAUUAUUAUUAUUCUUAUUGUAGUACUGCAGUACCAGUAAAGCAUUUCAUUGUCUACCUUGGGAUCAGAUCUCAAAGACUCGUGAGACAGUGUACAUUAAUAGUAUAAUAUGUCUUUUUAUUUUGCUCUACAUUUAACCAGACAAUGUAUUUAUAUAAAUAUUAUUGAUUAUUGUUGUUUUAAGUUAAAAUACACACUGUUACAACAUUACACCUUUUUCAGUAUUUUGUAGCUAUUAAACUUGUGUAGUUGUAAUCAAUUUUUAUAAAAACAACAUAAUAUUAUCUACUUGACUGAUGCGAAACGUUGUCGAACUGAAUUUAAAAUGAUAUUUUGUAAAACAUUAAUUAUUUAAGUGUUUAAACAUUAAAGUAAAAAAAUAAUGUCGUUAUUUUAACGUGCAUAAUGUCAAAUGUAUUAUUGUGCUAAAUUGACAUUUUUUUUACGCGUGAGCAUUAAUUUUUAUUUCAUUUUAAACAUGUAAAAAAAAAAAGAUAGAGGUAACAAAAUUUUUGUUUAGUGAUCUCAAUGUUAAACGUGGAUUGCAAAAACGAUAAAAAAAUUUUAAAAUAGCCUUCUACUGUGUACGAUAAUAUUUAAGGGCGUAUACUAUAUGACAUAACAUUUGACCGGUUAAUAGUAAUAAAACAACAUUUUGUACAAUUUUUAUCUUACUAUAUUUUGUACUGCUAUUGCCUUAAACCGUACUUAUGUCCAUUAUUAUUAUUAUUUUGUAAAAAACUUAUUAUAGACUGUUAUGCGUUAAGGUUCUUUUGAUAAUGGUUUAAAUAUUUAAUAUGUUUAUUAUUUUUAUUGUUCUUUUUUUAUAUAUGAGUAGUGUAAACAAUUUUUGUAUUUAUAUAAUAUAUAUAUAUUAUUAUUAUUAUUAUUAUAUAUUAUAUUAUGGUGUUCCAUUAUAUUAUU